AUGUCAGGGUUUACUGCUGGCUACUGCGUAAAUAGGUACGAGGAAAGUCUGCGCCCUCGCUCAGGUUUUAUUUUCGCUUUCAAAAGUUUUUACGUAUCUUCCAUCAUUGUAAACUGAUUAGCUUAAUUUUUCAGUUUUUUGAACUAGGAUACCGAAAAUCAUUUUAUCAUUUUUGAGAAGUUUGAUUACAUUUUUUGAAAUCUAAUUUUUUUUUAAAGUGAAGUCUAGUCGACUUUUCUCUGUCGCUUUGUGGAUUCUUGCAAUUUCCAGUAGAGUUCAAGAGUUAGAAAUUUGUUUGCAGGUUCAUGGACCCUUCUUCUUUUCAGUUCAAAAUCCCGGAGAGUUUAGCGAAAAAGAAGGCGACGCCGCAACAGGAACAAGCACAGCCAUCGAAGCCUCCCGAUGGAUUUUUCAGUGGUUUAUAAUGUUUUAGUUCAUUUCAAAGUACGAAUUUAAGCUUUAAAAAGCGAAGAACCCAAAACGACGGGUCCAAUGUUCGGAGCGGCGAGCAUUUUCGGCAAAGGCUCCACAGAUCCGCCUCGGUUCGGGGCUUUUUCUUCGUUUUCCAGUGGUUUUUGUUUUUUGCAGUUUUUGAACUAGGAAAAUUUCCAGCGUCGGGAGACCAGAAGCCGCAGAUUUCUUCCCAAGAUGCUCGGCCUUCUUUCAGUUUCAAGAAAUUAGUCGAGCCGAAAGCGGGAGGCCUGGACGCCGAGGCGAUGGCCAACAAUCCUUUCAGGAACAUCAAGAAAAACGGUAAUUUUCUGAUCUGAUUGAAGCUUUCAGCUUUUAAAAAUAGCUCUUCGCUGAAUUGAUUGGUUUUUUUCAGUAUUUUGUAGGAUGUAUUUUUUGUACGAGAAAAAUAAUCACAAAGAUUUACUGGAUUAAUUAUUUUUUUAAAAGAUAAAAUACUACUAAAAUUGGCGGUUCGAACAUAGAGUAGGUUUUUUUGUACUGUUUUCUCUUGCCAAGAAAGUGUUUUUUGUAAAUUUUUCAUUCUGCUUCAUUCAGAAAUUCGAAAUCCUUCCAAAACGGAGAUUUAAAGAUUGGAGAAAAAUUUUUUUUCAGAUUAUAAAGGCUAAAUUCUUUCAAAUAAUUAUCACUGCUUAGAAAUUUUUUUCUCUUUUUUUGUUUUUUUGUUAUUAGAAAAAAAGUUCUGAAUGAUUUGAGUAUAUAUCUCCGAUUUGAAAAGAUAGUUUUAAAGGUUAGAGUGCAUUAUUGUCCAUUUUCUUCUGAACUUCCAAAUUUCUCUUUUUUCUCCAGACGUCAAGCCAAGUGUUUCGCCUUUCGAUCGCAGUCGUUUCAAAUUGGUUCGACCAAAUCCCGCAAGUUCAACAACAACUCAGCCGGCGCCCCAAGAACAAAAAAUCCCGGACGAAUCGGAAUAUUGUUUGUUUCUUCUCAUGCUCUCCAUCAGCAACUGAAAUUCAGAUAACGUUCCGAUGAUUCCCAAAAGAAGAAAAAGCUUCCGUUCCGUCAAGGAUUUUCAAAUCUUCACUGGGAAAAGUCCACAAGGCGAUAAAGAGGCCUUCAAAAGAUGACACGGUUUGAAAGUAUCGAUUUUCUUUGUAAAGCAUUUUUUAAGGGGAAAUUGGGAGAUGGAGCUCCCACAAGGCCGCCGAGACUUCUGAGGAAAAAUCGCGAGGCGAAACCCCCGAAAAUAUUGGAAACCGCAAGCCGAGAUACUGCCGACAUCUUGAGGUGACGUGAGGAAAGAUAACUUUAGAUGAGAAAAAAGCCUGGAAAAAUGAGAUUUUUCAAAGAAAUCCUUCUCAAUGGAGUGUAAAAUUUCAAUUCUAAAGAAAAAAUGACUAGUUUAAUUUUCGACAUUCAGUUUCAGGAGUUGGGAAUGCUUUUAGGUUUAACUUUUUUUAAAUGCUGCCUAUUUAAUUAUCACUAGCAAGAGUGUUAUAAUGCAAACUUUCAUGAAAGGGAAAUUUUUUUUCAGUUAUAAGCUUAUUCAGAAGCUACAAAAAAACCCCGCAAAUUUGGAGUUUCGCGAGUAAAUUUGAUGAUAUUUUGUUGUUAAUUGAAAACUUCUUUUUUUAGAAAAAAAUGAAAAAAAGUUUAACUUUUCAUCUUUUUCACACAAUAAUUAUGAAUCCAAUAGUUGGUUGCAAUUGAGCGCAGUGAAAAAAAUUAAUAGAAGUGAGUUUUUGUCAAAUACGUAAUUCAAAAAAUAUUCUAAUGGCGUGUUCACUUGAAAAAAAAUUGGUUCAAAAAGAAAACCAGUACUAUUUUAGAGCACAGUGGGGCUCGAUGAACAAUUUUUUGGAUUUUCAAACAUGUCCCGUUUCUCCAAUAAACUCCCUAUAGAAAUCAAUAAAAGCCGCUUUCCAGACAACUCUCAGCGCUCCAAAAUCGCCACUGUCCGGCUGAUUACGAUAAAUACAUGGUUCUGGACGAACGCGACAAGAUCUUGUGCAAACUCAGAGAGGUCUCCUGAAACCUCCAAAAUCCUUGAUGAUGAUUUCGUUCAGAGAGAUGCCGGACUGAUCAGCCAACUGUCGCGAUGUUCCGAAAUGUGUUCGGAAAAGGAAAGAUUCAUGAGAAUCGUCCAGAAAAGAGCCUCGCCCUACGAGUGCGACUAUGAGGGAAACGUCAAUCCCGCGAUGAUGAUCAAGGUUUUUGAAGAAGGAAAAAAACUUUAUUCAUGACGCGGUCUUGAUAAUAAAUCGAAAAAUAACUUUUUAGAGCCCAUAGUUUAAUAAUUCCUUUUAUGUUUCACUUGUUUAUUCAAAUAUAAAUUCCAAAAAUGAUUAAUUCGCGACUCUCACUGUCUUUUAACAUUUUAUGUAGAUGCUCAAGUAUUCAGAAUUUUUUUUCCGGUCAAAUUUCAGGAUUUUAAAAAUUUACAUUUGAGACCUGAAAAGGAGGAAGAUGGGGAAAGUUUGAGUAUGAAUUUAAUUGCUAUUUGUUCAGAGCUUAUGUGUAAAGAUAUACUUGAAAAAAAUAAAGAAUAAUCUUUAAAAAAAUGAAUAUUUCGACCUUUUCCUGUAUAAAUAAAUCGUGUCGAAAUAGCUCACGUUUUCAUUAAUGAAAUGAUGAUUCGGUUUCAUUUCCCUUUUUUUGAGGAGUACGCGAGAAGUGCCGCCGAUCAAGAACGUCCGUUGCCCCAUGAACUGCGGACCGAGGCCAUGAUGCAGUACACAAUGUCUUAUCUCCUCAAAAAUGUAAAGAUUUUUGGAAAAGUGUGAAGAAAAGGACAUAGAAUCUUUGCGGAACGGAGUAUUCUGAAAAAUUGAAGUUGGAUCUCAAGCAAUCUUUCGAGAGUUCGGAUGCGUUAUAGGCCUAUAGUCUGUUCAGAUUCUGAAUGUCAAGCAGCAAACUUGGCCUCCAACAAAACUAUGUGGAUACCCGCUUUAUGAUUGGUUUAAUAGACGCAUAAGGGGCGGAGUUUGUGAGAUGGCUUGACAUUCAAACCCUGAACAGACUGUAAUAGGCAUCGAGAAGCUUUUCCUAUCUUUUUUUCCUAACUUCUGAAAGAAAAACAAUCGAAAAAUUAUCAAUUAGCGCUUUUCAGAGGUUUCUGGGUCAGGGCAAUUCUUCAAAAAUCAAAUUCAUAUAUAUAUUUUUGAGCUUACUGUUCAUAAAAUACACCAUACACGUCAGGCAUGUUUAAGGCAGUGCUACGGCGGCCGGCGGCCGGUCAAUAAUGAGACGUCAGUUUCGGAGCCAGGAAAUUUUUUUAAACGUUUUUUUCUUUUUCGAAACUUGUUAAGGACCUAUUUGGGGAGGUUACAAGAUAAGGUACGUCACAAAAAGUACACACGCUUUCAUUUUAUUACUGAAAAACCUAUCCUAACUACCGUAAUCCGACCGCCCGCCUUAAACAGGCGUGACGUGGUAGAUUUCACAUGAUAAACACAAAAGAUUUCAUAAAAGGUAUAAAAAAGAGAGUUCCCAAAAACUUUUGGAUAUAUCGAGAAAAGAACCAUCAAUUUCAAGGUGCUGGACGCGUUCCCGAGUGAGGAACAGCGGACUUCUUGGUAUGACUUUUUGUGGAGUCGAACUCGGGCCGUCAGGAAGGAGGUCACCCAGCUCUCCCUCACUGACGCCACCGCUGUCACUUUGGUUGAACGGUUUGACAUUUUAUUAUCAUUCGAUGUCUUUUUUUUCCAAUCUUCUUUUUUUUCUGCUAACUUGCAUUUUCUUUGAAGUACCUUCAUUUAUCCUUUAGUGCUCCAUAUUCUGCUCUUUCUAUAGUUGAUUCACGGCUCGCUUGAGCCCUCGAAAAAAGGGUCCUGACACGAUAAUAAAAGAGACAGCUUUCAUUUGGUAGAAUCGGCUAUAACGGAAGUUUCAAAAAAGUUGUUGUGAAGACUCCAUCUGUUUCAUUUCAAUUUCUUUCACUUGAUUACGAUUUGGAUUCAGAUGUACCCGCCUGCACAUCCUGUGCGGCUACAUCCUGUGCACCCUGGAAGUGGAGCAGUUCGACCCGAAGAUGAACAACGAAAACCUCGGAAAAUGCCUGCAGACCCUGCGGCACAUGUACGAGGACUUUGGCCGUCGCGGGAUUCACAUGGAGAACGAGGCCGAAUUCCGCGCAUAUGACGUCAUGCUCCAUCUGGAGGACACCAACGUCCUCUCGCAGGUCCUCGCCUACCGCAGCGAAGUCCGCGACGCGAAACCCGUCCGGUUAGCCCUGCAACUCGCCGCCUGUAUGCACAACAACAACUUCUGUCGGUAAGGCUUCGAAAUACCUUUAAAAUAUUAACCUAUCUUGAAAAUCGAAGCUGUAGAAGAACAUACGUACAUAGGCACUGGUGGGGCCUGCGCGCGCUGUUUCUUUUCUCAUUCUCUACCUUUUUUAAUCAUAUCAGCUUAUAAAUUCCCCCUACUCCAAUUUCUUUCAGCCCGAGAUUCAAGAGGUUCCAAACGUUUGUAGAAAAGCCAGUACAAUGUUGCUCUUUAAGAAGUAAAAAAAAAUUUCCGAUGGGUCAAAAAUUUAAACUAAAAACUUCAAAUGAACUUUGAUGGCUUAUCGCUUGAUUCUUUUGUCAAACGAUCAAAAAAAAAAAUCGAUCAGUUGUGUAAUUUUGAAAUCCACCCAAUAACUACUCGAGAAAAAGAAAAAAGACCUUUUUUUCACUGGUAUAACUCUCAAUCUUCUCGAAAAUCGCUGUAGUAUUCAUAAUACGCAGUCUUGAAUGACCUGAUAUAACAUAGUGAAAUCUCAGCCUUCCUACGUUUUUUUUAAAAGUUAUAUCGUUCUAUUUUGAGCCAUAAGCAUGGGUUUUGAACUGAUUUCAUUCUGAACCACAAAAAAAAAGUUUUCCUGCUUAUUUCUGCCUUUUGAGACAUAACUUGAUUCAUUUCAGAUUUUUCCGUUUGCUGAAAAACGAAGCGACGUUCUUGCAAUGCUGCGUCAGCCACAAGUUUUUUGAAAAGGUUUUCCAAAUCUCUCGUACUUCGAAAUAACCCCGAAUUCAGGUCCGAAGACAGGCGGUGAGCGUGAUGUCAAAGGCCUACGGCCGAAAUUCCUACCCCAUCGAAAGAAUUCGGUCGCUUCUCGCUUGGGACACGGACCAAGCGGCCAUCGAAGCCCUCAAAGUUUUUGGCAUAAGUCCCGAUCCGGACAGUGGCGAGGUGUCUCCAAAUAAAAUGACUCUGGAAACGUUUCUGAUUUGUAGAUCUACCUGAAUCGGGACUACCUGACCGACAAUCUGCCUCCUCAUACCCUCUAUACCUGGAUCGACCAGAAAAGAACUUCCAAUUUCAGUCAGGUGACUCGAAAUCUUCCUUUUUUCAUUAUUCAGCGUGGAACAUGAGCUAAAAAUUUAGUUCCACGAAAAAAAUUUUUUUUUGGAAAUACAUAUGGUGUCCUUUUUGCUAGCCUUUUUUAUAGAGUUGCUAGAGUUUUUUAUAAAUUCAUCCAGAAAAAUCACAGUAAUGGUUUUCAAAGUUUGCUUUUAUGACAAAGUCAGGCUUAUAAACAGUAGUUCCCAUUUUUAGAAAAUAAUACGAACUAAGUAACAAAUUUCACGCAGAUGGUCACGAUCCGGAUAAAAUUUCUAGUUCAUCAGAGAACAUUUCUAGUUCAUCAUUUUUCAGCGAACUUUAAGGAAAAAUUAGACUCCCUAUGUUGUUUUUUUCCAGAUUAACUAAAACAACGGUUAAAAUUUUUCACUCUAGUAAUUUUCAGUUUUUGUGGAAAGGACAAUCUCAGUAAUUAAUGUUAUUUUUCAAUCUUCCAAUGAACCUUUUCCAGGUCGUCUACGGUUCGGAACCGUUCAAAUUCCAAACCCUGGAUUUGGUCGUCUCGAACUCUUUCGACGCCCAAGGACGCUACAAUAAUGACCGAGUGCUGAACGAGAUCUUCGCCCGUUCGCCGGUCGUGGAGGCUGAGCCAGCGAGUCUGGAUUUCCCGACGAUUGCUGCUGAAGAAUCGGCUCCUUUCGCAUCGAAUGGAUCAUCAGCGUUUCCUUCAAUGGCCAAGGUCUCGAUGAUUAUCAAAAUAAUCUGUUACAUUAAACAGAGUACGAGAAAAAAAUAAUCAAAAAAAUACAAUAGCCAAAAAAAUUUUUCGAGAUCAAAUGACUAUUUCAAUGGCAAGGCAUUUUUUUCGUUUCGGAAAUUGAAUUUUGGAAUGACUUUUGUAGAAAAAAACAAUAAUUUUAGAGAUUUUACUGAUCUUGAGAAUUGUGAAUUUUAUUUUUUUUUCUUUUUUUACUUUUUCAAGUGUCUUGUCUUCAUUAAAAAGCAUUACCUUUGUUUGAUUGAUUUUAAAGAAAUUUUUCUUUUCCAAAAUUUCUUCCCCUGGACAAAUAUACCUUCUCAGACGAACUUCACAUCGGGACCUGGGAGAAGUGUUUUUGGCGGCUUGCCAACUUUACCGUCCUCCUCCGCGUUGUCCACGUUUUCUUUUCAGCCUGGAGCUCAAGAAUCGACUGAUCCACAGGCAAAUCUGAAGAGCAUUACCUCUCAUUAACUUUUAAAUUUAGGCCGUCAAGCGUCAGGCCGUUCAGAAAGCCGUCCAUAAUGUGGCUUUCAAGGUUGACGGAUCGUGUAGUUGAUCAAUGUGUUCUGUUCGUUUUUUUUUUCAUUGGGAAAAGGGCCUUUAAAAAACGUAUACGAAAAGUUAACUUGUGAGAAAAGAUUCAUGGCUAAAAUUUUUCUACCACUUUUUUAAAAAUUUUAUCUUCUUAUAAAAAAAAAUUACUCUAAGGAUAAAGAAAACAUCUUCAAAAAUGUUAUUUAAUAAAUUGAGAAUUAUGAAGUCAAAUCGCGAAAUUUCUCGAUUAUUUUCUCGGAAAUUUUGCGAGAUAAAGAAAAUCAAUAAUAUCCUUUAUUUUCAUCAUUCAACUAUGACUCUGAAAAUCUUCAUUGCAAUAUUUCAGAACGGUGAUUCGGAAAGAAUGGAUGAAGAAGGCGAUCCAAGAUAACCAGGAACGGGAACUUCGUGAACAACGAGAAGCUGAGCAACGACGGAUCGAAAAAGAACAACGGAUUCGGCUUCAAAACGAAAGAAUUGCUCAGAAAAUGACCGAGUCGCUUCUAGAAAAGACUGUCGUUGAUCGAGCCCGAAGCAUCGUCAAGAAACAAUUCGAGUUGGUCUUGAUGACUGAAAAUGAUUCUUUUUAUUUUCAUUAGAAUUGAAAAGCAGCGUCGGCAAGUCCAAAUCGCCACGGAUGUCACUGAGAAACUGUGGCAGACGGUCGCCAUGAAGGUGAUCAACAAGCGGAUAUCGACCAUUUGUGAGGAGAUCGUUCGACAGAAAAGACGGGAAGAUCAUCAGGUAGAAUUUUUGGGUUGAACAGAUUAAGUCUGUGUUUUUUUGUAGAAUUUAGUAAGGUAACUAGAUUUUAGCUAUGAGAUACAAAAAAGAGGAUUAUAGAAAAAAAUGAAAAAUAAAAUAUACAGAUAAACCUUUUUGUGGUUGGAAAAAAAUGGGCGUUUUUUUCAGUUUUUUUCUUGUUCUCUUUUUGUCUUAAAAAAAUAGUUUUAAAUUCGAAAAAAAUAGUUCUAUAAUAAAAAAACCUCAAUGGUCUGCUUCUUUACAUUGAAAUAAAAGUUUAAGCUGAAUAAAGGGUUUUUUAAAGAAUUUUGUCCCAGGUGACCUAAAAAAUUCCAUUUUCAGAGCUUUUCUUAUUUUUCAAAGUGAUAGAAAUGUUUUAAAAAAAAUGAAAUUUGAAAAACCUUUUUCAAGUUUUUUUUAAAUGAAGCAACAGCUACGCCUUUGAAAUUUCCAAGUUUCUCCUAAAUAGCCGGAGAAAAAUAUACCUUUCCAUAUAGUAAAUUUUGAAAUCAAGAAGGAAGAGGUAUUUAGUUUUUCUAACAGGCUGAUGAUAGACCAUUUGAUUCAUUUUUUUCCAGAGAGUGAGAGUUCUGGAGCAUGUCCGAGGGAAGAUGCACCAGACGUGGCUUCGACAGUUCUGGGACCAAUGGCGGAGUUUCGCCAGCAACAAGAAACUCAAAAGAACUUUGAGGGAGAACGGCCUGAGAAGCUGUAUGCCCAUGUGGGACUCGCCCGGUUAGGAAUCUCCUUGAAAAAAAGUAGAAAUUGAAUCAUAAGAUCGCUUCGAAAAUUGUGGCAAAAACUGAAGUUGGUACUGAAAAAGAAGGUGGUCUUGUCUCAGAAUUUUCUGAAUACUUGACCAAAUUUUCAAGUGAAAGGACCUUCUUGUAAGAAUUAUAGCUUCAACCUUGUUCUUUCGCUUUUUUUCUGAUCUUAUUUGGAAUUUUCAAACGAUUAGCAAUGUAAAAGAAAUCAAUAGAAUAGUUUCCAUCAUAUAGUCGAUUCACGGUUAGCUUAAAAGCAAAAGGGGCGUGGCCUGACUGCGCUCUCUCUCUCAGCCAGACACUGUCUUAUUUCUCAUCGUGCCAGGACCCUUUUUUCGAGAGAUCGAGCCAGCCGUGAAUCAGCUGAACCUAUUCCCAGAUGCCAUUAAUACGCACAUUUCGAAUGUUCCUUUAAAAAAAUGAUUCUUCCAGCUGGGGAAGAGAUGUCCCGGCGGUACAUGUCAGCGUCGCUUCUGCCGCUGGCGCCGCGUCGCGAUUGGCGCGUCAUCCGAAUAUCACGGAAGCGACGUCAUCGCAUCAUUAGCCAGGCCUUCGAAAAAUGGCGUCAGGCCGCCAAAAAGAAGGCCUCUGCCCGGAAAUGGGCUCGUUUCGCAGUCGCCGACGACGCCUACCUUCGCCGCUACAUUACCGAACCCGUCGCGGCUCCUCGUUUUAGGUUUAUCUUGUUCAAGGAAUUUCUCUGAGAAAAAAUUUGUCAAAUUGAUCAAUUUUGGACUGAAGGGUCUUCUUCAGUUUUAAUUUGAAACAUUCUUCAAACCAAAAUAAAUUCAGCUUUCAAGUAUGUUAAGCAGCAAACUUGCAGCUCCCAAAAUUUUCGAGGCUGAGCCAAUUUGCAGCUCCCAAAAAAUAAUCAGUAGUUCAAAUUGCAGCCAUCACAAUUCAAAAAUUGAGCUUCAGCAUUCUUAAACCGAGUUUUUCAGGUUUGCCGAGCCCUGCGUUGUUGAGAUCCCUGUGAGAAAACGUCGCGCCUCGAACUCACUACUUUUCUCGCCAACCGACUUUUCCAGUACCAAACAACGUCGGAGAUCACAACUCGGUUCGAUCAUCUCCCUCAACUUUUCAGAAUCAUGACAUUUUCAGUUGACACGACUGGAUUCGAACCGUUUUCUGGAGUUCUGAAAUCGUCGAUCAGUGAAACUGGUAAAAGAAAAUGUGCAAAUGCUGAAAUUUCGAUUCAAAUUUAGACAUGAUUUUGGCGCGGAACGAAAUGGAGCGAAUAGGUUGGACCAUCGACCAAAACCCCAUGCCGAGGCUUCGACGCGCGAAAAACGUCGUCGACUUGACCAACACUUCUCUGUUGGACGAAGAGGAGACGAGGGUGAUGAGGAAAGGUGGGACAAUUUUAUUCGAAGUGAAAGGUGAAGGCAAAAUUUUAAAUUUUUUUGAAGUUUUAUAGUAAAACAUAGAAAUGGGUUCAUCUUACUCACCAUUUGACCAAAAAUGUUUCAAAGUCUGCCAAAUCAUUUUUUUUUUGUUUUUCUUGCUCUUUCAGACUGACUGAGGAAACCAAGUUCAGGGAAUUUCUUGUCGAAAAACGUCCUAUAUACUUUUUUGAACAGUCAGGCUUCGAAAAAUUGGCUUUAACAAGAGCGAAUAAUAUUUAUAGAAGUAAAUUUCUUUCUGAAAUUUUGAAAAAUAACUAGAUGGUUCAAUCAUUAUUUCCAGAAUGUUCGGAACGGAUGAAAGUCAGAGAAGAUCUGCUGAUGGAAACCGAGAAUUUAUCUGAGGAAUUGGCCCGAUUCCAGGCUCAAAUGCAACGCUCCAUCGAAGAAUUCAAAGCUCGCAAAGCUUAA